GAUAAGACUCGCCCCCGGUCGCCUGCGGAGAGGGGCGUGGUGCUGCCGAUUGGGACUGUCUGUGCCCGGAGUCCCGCAUACACAGUGCAGCACGGUGGCAGGAGCACGUCUAUUCUCGGGCGGCGUCGGGCGGUUCGUUCUCAGCUAUGGCGGAGGCACACCAGGCUGUGGCUUUUCAGUUCACCAUCACUCCAGAGGGCAUCGAUGUGCAGCUUUCCCACCAGGCACUUGCUGAGGUGUACCGGUCCGGUGUGCGAUCCUGGAAGAAGAGGCUGGCUCGAAUGAAGAACACUGUCCUCACUGGUGUGUACCCCGCCAGCCCCUCCUCCUGGCUCUUUGUGGUAACUGCUACACUGGCAGCCAUGUAUGUGGGCAGAUCCGAUCCUUCUAUGGGCCUCAUCGGGAAAAUCCAGGAACACCUACCCAUCAGCGGCUCCCCUAGCGGCCAGUGCCAGGCAGUGUUGUCAGCUGUGCUCUUCAGCACGCUGCUCUGGCUGCUCCUCAUCCACGCCAUGCGGCUCUGCCUCAGGCUGCUGCUCUCCUACCACGGCUGGAUGUUCCAGCAGCACGGCAGGAUCUCCGUCGCCACCAAAGUGUGGAGUGUGCUUGUGUGCCUCCUGUCCAGCAGGCAGCCUCUGCUGUACAGCUACCAGGCGUCUCUGCCCCACCUGCCAGUGCCAGCCGUUAAAGACACCGUUCGCAGAUACUUGGAGUCAGUGCAGCCCAUAAUGAGGGAGGAGGAGUUCAGUCAUGUGACUGUGCUGGCGGGCCAGUUUCUGGAUGGUUUGGGGAAACGGCUCCAGUGGUACCUGAAGCUCAAGGCUUUGUGGGCGGCGAACUACGUGAGCGACUGGUGGGAGGAGUACGUCUACCUGAGAAGCCGCACCCCCAUCAUGGUGAACAGCAACUACUACGGCAUGGACUUCCUGUACGUGACACCGAGCAGCCUGCAGGCAGCCCGGGCCGGAAACGCCGUCACUGCCUUUCUGCUGUACCGGCGCAAACUGGACAGGGAAGAGAUCAAGCCUAGUCGAAUCCCGGGGACAGUCAUCCCCCUGUGCUCAGCGCAGUGGGAGAGAAUGUUCAACACCGCGCGUAUUCCUGGUGAAAAGACUGAUACUCUGCAGCACUGUCAGGACAGUGACCACGUGGCAGUCUACCACCGGGGGCGCUAUUUUAGGCUGCCAGUUUACAGGGCCGGGAGACUACUCUCACCACGAGAGAUUGAGUGCCAGAUGCAGAGGAUCCUGGAGAACCAGUCGCCCCCCUCCCCCGGAGAGGAGAAGCUCGGGGCUCUGACUGCAGGCAGCAGAGUGCCGUGGGCUCAGGUGAGGAAGCAGUUCUUCGGCUCGGGGGUGAACAAGCGCUCACUAGACUGCAUCGAGAAGGCAGCUUUCUUCGUCACCCUUGACGACGACGAGCAGGGCAUGAAGGGGGAUGAUCCCACCGGCAACCUGGACCGCUAUGCCAAGUCCUUGCUGCACGGGAAGUGUUAUGACAGGUGGUUUGAUAAGUCCAUCUCCCUGGUGGUGUAUAAGAACGGGAAGACGGGCCUGAAUGCUGAGCACUCCUGGGCCGAUGCCCCGACGGUGGCUCACCUAUGGGAGUAUGUCCUCGCCACAGACGCCUUCCAGCUGGGCUAUAAUGACGAAGGACACUGCAAGGGCAAUGUGGACCCUGGACUGCCCCCACCACAGCGACUGCUUUGGGACAUCCCCUCAGAAUGCCAGGAGGUGGUAACUCGGUCUCUGGCGGAAGCUCAGGCCCUGGCCAGCGAUGUCAGCUUCCAUGUAUUCCCCUUCCGGGACUUUGGCAAGCGACUUAUAAAGAGGCACAAAAUGAGCCCAGAUGCCUUCGUCCAGCUGGUUCUACAACUCGCUUAUUACAGGAACAGGGGAACGUUCUGCCUGACGUAUGAGGCGUCCAUGACACGGCUGUUCCGGGAGGGCAGGACGGAGACAGUCCGCUCCUGCUCAGCUGAAAGCAGCACAUUUGUGAAGGCAUUGGAAGAUGGGAAGGGGCCGGAACACUGCAGACGGCUCUUCCGAUUGGCAGCUGAGAAGCAUCAGAACCUCUACCGAUUGGCCAUGACUGGGUCAGGCAUUGACAGACACCUCUUUUGCCUGUAUGUGGUCUCUCAGUACCUGGGAAUAGAGUCACCUUUUCUCAGCAAGGUGCUGUCUGAGCCAUGGCGCCUGUCUACUAGUCAGACUUCGGUCCAGCAGGUGGAGCUGUUUGAUCUGGUCAACCAUCCUGAAUACAUCUCUUUGGGCGGAGGCUUUGGGCCGGUGGCUGACGAUGGCUAUGGAGUCUCCUAUAACUUCUCAGGGGAGGACAUGAUAAACUUCCACAUUUCCUCCAAGCAGUCCUGCGCACAGUCUGACUCUCACAAGUUUGGAGACCAGAUCAAACAAGCACUCCUAGACCUUCGUGACCUGCUUAGUGAAGAUGACAGGAAGCCAGCAAGCAAGAAAGACAUUUAGAUAUCCAGAGCAAGAGAGAGGCAGGCAGACAGGCUGGUUGGGGUCACCAGGACUGCCAGACCAGAGCUGACUAUCAGGCAGAUCAGCUACCUCAUCCGCAGCUCAAGUGUGGACACAGGUAGUAAAGGGAGCAGAGAAAAACAAGGGCAAUGUCUAUCAGUACAGCUGCAGGGCUGUCGGAACACCAGUCUGAAUGUCUGUCGGAACACCAGUCUGAAUGUCUGUCGGAACACCAGUCUGAAUGUCUGUCGGAACACCAGUCUGAAUGUCUGUCAGAACACCAGUCUGAAUGUCUGUCGGAACACCAGUCUGAAUGUCUGUCGGAACACCAGUCUGAAUGUCUGUCGGAACACCAGUCUGAAUGUCUGUCGGAACACCAGUCUGAAAGUCUAUCGGAACACCAGUCUGAAUGUCUGUCGGAACACCAGUCUGAAUGUCUGUCGGAACACCAGUCUGAAUGUCUAUCGGAACACCAGUCUGACCAUGUUCCACACAAGGUGUUGAGGAACAGAGAUGAUAUCUUUUGUCACAGUGCUCCAGACCUCGCUCAUCUUUUAAUCAAAACAAGGCUCUGUAACCUGGGUCUUUUAUUUAUUUGAUCUGUCUCUAAUUUUAUUAUUCUCUGGUUUUGGUAUAUGUUUUUGUCACAUAUUGUUGUUUUUAAUUUUAUUUUUAUUCUUAAACUUUUUUUUACUUAAUAUAUAUAUAUAUCCGAGCACUGUUUUGACACCUUAGUUUAUCCAACUGCUUAACCUCUUCAGGGAUGGGGGGGGGGGAGAAGCAUGAGCCUGUGAAUGGUGAGUUUGUGUGCCUUGCAGUGUGAACCCUCCCAUGUGCCCACAGCUUCUGGGAUAGCCUCCAGACCCCUGUGACCCUGCAUGGGACAAGCACUAUAGACGAUCUUCCCCUUUGUCCCCCCUGUGUGUCACCCUGUCUGGUCAUAUUUAAUUUCCUACUCCCUACAAAAAUAUAGUCAAUGAAAUUACCAGGUAAAAAAAUUAUUUUAAAGUUAGAAUCGAUUCUUCUUAAAAUGAAACAUUCAGACUGAAUGCGCCGAUAUUUCAGUAUCAACCCGCACACCACAGGAAGCAAAGGACAUGACACCAGUGCUGGCUGUUUUAGCACCUUUGGGUGAUUAUCUCGGUCAUUGCCACCCACCGUGGGGCUAUCACUGACUGGAGACAAUGUAUGUUGUUAAUGAAAGUUUGAGAGAGUCAAAUGGUUGCAUACUGUGGCAAAUAAUAAUAAUAAUAAACCUUAAAGAAAGGG